AGGGGGGCAGGAGUCGGGCAGACGGCUCUGGUCUUUAAACUCCUUUUCUUAGUUCCCACAAUAUGGUGUGUGCCACUAAACUCUCCUGACGGAAUUGACUGCAAUUAUCGGAUUAGCGCUCUGCAGUUCUGGAGCUGGAGACGGAAAGAGCGUCCAUUUUUUUCCGCCUUGAUGCAAAGUCAGCUUUCGGGGUGACUUCGCAAGGCUGCGUGCAUUUUAAACGGGACUUUUAAAAGGGUUGAUUCUAUAUUUCAUCUUUUCGCUUUUGGAGAGAGAUUACCCGCUGAGACGAGACGGAGCGCAUUACGCACAGACUUAGACUAAUGUUGGAUCCCAUAAAUCUUUGCGCAAACUUGGGUUUGGUAAUUCCUGAAGUCUCGCAGGACAGAAGUUUCGCCCACUUUGACCAAAGGGUCCGAAAUCUUUUUUGUUAUGUCUGUUUCUUCUCUGCCAGAAUGGAAGCAACUUCUUCUGGAGAGAAAGAGGAGAGAGGAGGAGCAGCGAGAGAGGAGAGAAAAGGAGGAGGAGGAGAAGCUGGCCAGCAUGCCUGCCUGGAAGCGGGGGAUCAUUCAGCGGAGAAAGGCCAAGCAGGAGAGCUUGGGUGACAGGGAGAGAGACAGAGACAUCUGCCUGCACCAGGUGGACGCCAGAACAUCUUCUGAUGGCCUUAGUGACACUGACAGCUCGAUUACGGUCAAUCAGGGAAGUGAGACGUCACUCAGUCCAGAUCCUGGGAUGUGGCUGGAUGCAGAGCCCAAACCGGGGAGUCAGGUGUCAGUGGAAACCAUCGUUCCAGUCCACGAGAACCCAUUUAUUCGCACACAGAGUGUGUGGAGGAAAGGCAAAGAUCCAGAGGCAGCAAAUGAGGUGGAGGUUAAGGAGAAGGAAAAGCUCUGCCUCAGGUCUCAAGAAGUGGAGACGAGCAGAGGAAGAGAUAUCGAGCUGAAAAUAGAAAGGUUUAGGGAUUUGACUGAAGGGUGGGAAAAGGAGAAGAGCAGGGAUAAGAGUCUAGGAAAAGAAAAGGAGAACAACCAAGAAGGAUGUGAAAAGGACAUAAAACAGGGGAAAGAGUCAGUUAGGGAUGGAGUGAAGGAGCAGGAACUCUUUAAAGUGAAAAAAGAGGCUGAGGAAAAAGAUAUCCCUCAGACGUCUGGUCAGUUUCCCCCCGUUCUUCCCUGUCUUCGAACCAUCCGAGCUGACAACAUCAUCAUCAUCGAACAGGACCGAAAGGGCAGCGACGAAAGAAGGGCAAGAUGGAGGGAGGUGGAAAGGGAGACCCCUGAAGAAGACCAUCAGCUGAAGAGAGGGAUGAAGAUGGACCUCAGAGAGAUCCUGGCAGGAGGAGGGAGUGUCACAGAGAUACGAGCUUCUGAAGUUUUGAUCAUCAAGCCGUCUGUCAGCUCCGAGGAGCAAACAGGCGGAGGAGGAAAGUCUAGAGAGGAAGGAGAAGUGAAGAGCAACUUGGAUUUAACCAGAGAUAUGAAAUCAGAAAUGUCCUGGCUGAGAGAAAACGACAAGGAUAAGCCCUGGGGUCAGGCAACAGUUAUUAAUAAAGACAGUGGAGGAGACAGCUGGGAUGAUAAUGUUUUUGUUGAGAGGGGAGGGAGGGUCAGCAAGCUGCUGAGUAAGUUCGGAGAGCAUCCAAUGCCUCCAUCUCGGUCCAAAAGUUCAGAUAAUUUCCUCCAACCAGGAAGAAGAAAAUACUCUGGAGAUCAAGAAGAUCGACAGUCUGAGGAGAGAAAGGCAAAUGGAAAGAACAUGCUUCUGAGAAGCACCCCAAAACGCUCCUUCAGCUUCUCGGAUCGAGUCGUCGGAGUGGUAGAGAACGGAUUAGGAGAUGCAAGGGGUCAAGAGAGCAUAUAUCCAGAGAAAAACACUGAUUCCUGGGUAGAUGUAGCAGGGGUAGCAAAACUCAGACCAAGCGUGAAAGAGCGCUUUGGAAAGCACAAAGAUGUAAAAAGUGAGGAUGAAAAGGGAGGAGUGAUGCAGAGGACGAAGGACGCAGAAAUUUGGAAAAAACACAGGAGUGAGCUGAAGAAAGUAGAGCCUGUCAAUAAGAGAGCCGCAGAGAAAGUAGGGGUUGCAGAUGCAGACAAGGGGUUCACAGUAGCUUCAGUAAAAAACACAGAGGGCAUAUCGUUUGCAAGAAGAGUACCAAUCAGACAGGAUGUUAGAGCAAGAGCUGAUAAAGAUGCUAGGAUACUGACAAAGGACAGAAGUGUUGAAAAAGAUUCAGAGGCAGGUGGAGUUAGUGACGUUCGGAGAGAUGACAGACUGGACAGAAGAGUGCAAAUUGAAACUAAUUACCCUGGUGCUACAGUGGAAGUGUCACCCAUUCCCAGUGAGACUUUUGUGAAUCAGUGCAAACAUGAUUCGGCUUUCAAAGAAUGCUCCAGUCUGUUUUCUACAGGCCAAGAUCAGAUCCCCCAUAGAGGGCCAGAGUGGAGCGGCUCAGGACCACAAGGUCCUUACCUCUUGUACUCCAAUGUAUCCCAGCAAACUGAGGAUCUUAGAAGCAAAACAGACAAGAGGGGGGAUACAACUAUCUACGUAAGCGAGAGGGAAGAAAUACCUCACACCGCUGCACACGAAGGGUGCGACGAGGAACCUCAGACAGGAGGCCAUACUGGUUCAGAGAGAGAGAUUCCCAGAUCUCCAAAGAGGAUUGAAUCCACCGGGAUCCCACCAGGUUGCCUUGAGGUUCAAAUUCCUAGGGCUGUGUUUUAUGUUGCCGAGGAGAUGUCGGAGAGAAAGGUUAGCGAGUGUCGGAGCGGUGACGGACAAGACUGGGAAGGAGACCAUAGGGUGGAAAGGAGGGAUAGCUGGACGAUUGGAAAACCUCUGAGUCGGAUUGAGUCUCUCAGAGAGAAAAUGAGAGAGAGAGAGCUGGAUAAACAAAGACAAAGAGAGGCCCGGGUGGGAGAAAGAUGUGAAGCUGCAGACAUCUGUGAGGCUCCAGCAGCUGAGGACAGGUAUGAGGUGAGGGGAAGUGAAAUCAUGAAAGAGUGGGAUGAUGCGGCUUGUACGCAGGCGAGGCCGGACGUACCGGAGAGCGAAGAGGGCGACGCAGCAGAGCAGACAUCCACGGGUGUCUGUGACGUCAGACGGGAAGUCGGCAUGUUGAAAACCAGCCCUCAGCUUCCUGUUUCUGUCCCCAGCUCACAAGACAAGAGCAGAGAGGAAGUGGCAGACGAGUGUUCGGCUGGCGUCCCUGAUGUUCACUCUGAAGGCUCCCAGAUCUCCGAGGAUGAAACGGACCCCCUGAAACAUGUAGAGCUGCACCUGGAGCACCACAGGGGCCAAUACGAGAGCACAGAAGAAGAAGAAGAAGAGGAGGAGGAAGACAGAGAGUUCUCUGAGGAGGAGUUGGAGAAGUACACAACGUCUACAGACUCUAUAGGUUCUCUCUCUCCUUCACCGCCUCAUCCCAACUCCCUGGCAGCCAUGAGCCGGAUCUACAACCUGGACACCGUUGGUUCAAGAUCAGGCUUGUAUCUGAGGGAUAGGACAGUAGACAUCCCAUCUUCUGUGCACCUUGUUAAAGUGAAGCCAUUUAUUUCAAGCUCUCACCAGGGGGACAGCAAAUCGCUGACAGGUGACGACAUCCGUGGGGUUCAGACGAUACAGCAACAGAUUGAGCAGUUUCAGCUGAAAGAGCAGGAAGUGCUAAAGUCAUCUGCAAAUACCUCUGGAAAGGAAAAAGAAACAAAAUUGCCCAAAAGUCCCAAAAGAGAGACAAAGCUGCAGGUAAAAGAAGCGGAAGCUGAAGAAACACCUGAAAGUAACCAAAGAACCAAAGAAUCUCCACAGCGUUUUUGUUCCCCAACAUCUCAGCUGAAGCAAACUAUCACCAUCACCCCCUCGUUUCUAAGGAACCAAUCACCAGACAACUCUUUGAAACCUACAAACUGUGCCCCGACUCCAGCCUCCUCCCCAUGCUCACCAUCUCCUGCCAACUCUCCCAGCAUCUCCCCAUCUCCCAGCCCGUCUCCCAAGCUCUUCUCCAUCAGAAGUGCUUCUGGGGGCCAAGUAAAGAGAGGCGCCACCAUCACAAUCACUCCAAAAAAAACUGUCGGCGGAGGAGCUACUGGAUCCGCAGCACGAUCAGCAGCAGCAGGGUCACCAAAAACCCCAUCGCAGCAACCGACGACCCCCGAUGUGGACGAGCCUGCAAAGAAGAAGUAUCCAUCAGUGGACGAAAUUGAAGUGAUUGGUGGAUAUCAGAAUCUGGAGAGGUCCUGUCUGGUCAAGAGUAAAGUGACGCAAAAGAGGGUGAAGGUGUGUUUUGAUGAAGACCAGCUUGAGCAGGUGUGUGAAUACCCUUCAGAGACCUUCAUGCUGACGUUAAGCCCCCUCCCUUAUGACCUUGAGAAGAAAGAAAAGUUGCACGGUGUGGAGGUGCACAAGGAUGAUGGUGAAGGUGAGGGAGGAGCAGUUGUCUUCAAGAGCAUGAAGAGCACAGGGACUGCGAAAGGACCUCGCCUAAGAGUGGAUGAGUCUUGCCCUCGGUAGAAACCAAUCAUCUUCACCAAAAUUGCCCAUGUGAUGAGAUCAUCGACAUGUUAUCAAAAAAUCAUAUAAUUUUUUUUAUUGCCUGUUGAUUUAUUGUUGUGUUGUUUUCUUUUUGGCAUUUUGUUUAAUUUAGAAUCAGAUCAGUUAGGUUUAUGCACUUGGUUAAGGGGAGAUUGUUGUAUUUACUGUGGGAACAUUUAUUUUAAGGAGAACUGAGGGACAGCUGUGAAUGUUAAAGCAUGGUACAUAUUUAAAACAAACUCAGGUGUGUGCACUGAUUAGCGAUGAAGAUCACAUGUCUAUGCAAUAAGAAGAAAGGGAAAAAAAGAUUUUAUUAUCAAGGUAAUGUAUUUCAUAGUUUAUUUUAUGUCUGUCUUUUCAGUGUUAGUUUGCAUUGAAAAAUUCAACAUUUAUUUUUAUGUCAUCUGGAUUAAUGUGCCUGCAGGAUUAGCUCAUACAGAUGACAUAAAGAUCAGUUUAAUGUGAUUUAUUAGUUUGAAGCCUGUUUAAUAAACCUUCUCUCACUGGGUUUUGGUGCAAUGUGUGAUAUGUUGAAUAGAUCCUUAAUGUUCACAGAAUGAAGUUUUGAAUAUGGAUUCUGUUAAAGAUUUUAUUUUUUUGUUUUUAUUAUAUAAAUGGUGACUGAAUGGAUGUCCCUGAGAGAAAGGUUUUAUAACAACCCGGAUACCAGAUGCAAUUCAGCAUAUUACAGCUGCUUUUGGACUUAUGUUUUAUUUAACCUAAACAUUUUAAUUGGUGAAAGAUGGCACAAAUUAUGUGCAUAUAAUGGUUUUGCUAUAUGGUUAAGGAAGCUGGCUUCAAAAGAGAACAAUCCAAUAAAGUGUUUUGAAAACAG